AUGAAGCAUGCAGCAUCAGAGCUGGGAAUUCGGUUCGACGACAUUAAUGACAUGCUGCAUAUCAAAGUGGCCGAGCAGCUCGGGCUACUCGAACAUAAAUACGACAUGGCAGACGCUGAGCUGCGGUACUAUACCUACAUGGAGAAGAAGCAGUAUGACACAGUCUCACCCCGGGAGCUAAAAUAUUCCGUAGCUCCUCAAAUAAUGCAAAAUCUACUGACCAAGAAGUACCUGCUGGUGGUUCAGAAUCUCGACAGGCCAAUAAAGCCCAUCGUGAUUGAUGAUACGACAGAGGGCUUAUGCCUUCCUGCCCCUGGGUGGAAAGAUUCUCUCUGGAUCGUAUCCACCACCUCCCAAGAUGUCUAUGACAGGAGUAACAAGCCAGAUGAGCCUCGCGUCAUCGAAUCCUUUGCUGGGGAUGAUAUAUUGAUUCUCACACUGCAUUCCCUGGAACAAGCGGCCAAGUACAUCUCUGUUGCGGUUGGCCAUGGAGAGGAGAAGUAUUGGCAUCAUGUGGCCAUCCAGUGCUUUCACUACGCCACCAUGCUGCUUAUUCCCCACAGUUCCAAUAUUGACCCGCCAAAGUGUGAUGCCCAGGCUGAUGUUAGCUCAGAUGUGUUGAUCCGCCAGUGGGCUGCUCAAGGAAUCCUUCCUGUCAUGAAGCCAAGUGUCCAAGAAAGAAUGGGGGAGGACACUGACGGCUACCACUGUCAGUACUAUGGUGAUGAUAUAUAUCAACUUGGAAAUGACAUCCUCGAGGCUUUUCGGGAGUAUUCGUUGCUGCAGCUGCCUUUUUCUCCUGCAACGAAAGAUGAUGAAGCCACAAUAUCUGCUGCACACUUCCUAGCAUAUCAUAGCCUUGUUGUAGAGCCCCUCACAUCCGAUGAACUCUGUGAGGGAAAUCACUCUCAGUUGGAGCACAUGCAGUGGAUCUCACAUGUGGGCGACCAAGGAUGGCAUGUAAGCAGAGAUUGGUUGAGCCAGGAGUCCAGCGGCCCGACCACACUUAUUAUAAGGCAUUGCUCGCAACACUCGAGGUUGUUCAUGAAGCUUGAAUCUGAUGAUUUCUUGGUCAAACUCCCUUGUCUUCGUGUACUUGAUAUUUCCUACACUCCGAUAGAGUCACUUCCUCCUUCAAUCUGCUGUCUCCAAAAACUCCAAUUGCUUUCCCUUAGAGGCUGCUAUAAUCUCAGAAGUCCAUUCUGCUUCCCAGACACUGAAACUACUCUCUGUGAAAACAACGGCAACAAGAAGCUCAACUUGCUCUAUCUCGAUCUCUCCUAUUCAAAUAUACACACAUUCCAGUGUGACUUCUUCCAUAGCAUGCCUAAUCUAAAAGAGCUCCUGCUUGUUAGGUGCUCAAACCUUGAGGAGUUGCCACCCUCCAUUGCUGUGUUGUCUAGUCUAACAACAUUUGACAUCAUGUGCUCGAACUUUAAGGAGUUGCCACCCUCCAUUGCUAUGUUGUCUAGUCUACCAACACUUGAAAUUAUAAAUACUCAAAUAAAAUCUUUCCCUAUAGAGAUAUUUGAAGAAAUGAGGAAGCUCCGAUCACUCAAGCUGAUUGACAACAAGCUCCUGGGGCUAACAGAGAUAAAAUUGGUUGGGCAUAGUACCCUUAAUUCAUUCUCAUUGAUUGGUGCGCCUCGUACAAAGCGAUUGUCUUUGCUCGGAUGUAGAAAGCUAGAAUCUGUGGACAUUAAGGAGGUUGAUGCUUUGGAGGAACUUGAUCUAUCUGCUACCGGUAUCAAGGAGCUACCAGACAACAUCCCUAAUCUGCCCCAGCUUAGGCGAUUGCUUCUCAGGGGCGUUCCUUCCCUGAGACGAUUCCCUUGGCAUAAGCUGCAUAGAUUCCCAGAUGUGUUUUGCUUGGAUCAAUGCUCAUCAGAUGGAACUGUUAAUCAUGAUUGCAGUACUCCACAAGUAGCUCAGGUGUGCAUAAGUGAUUCCAGAUUGUUUUAUAGCUUCAAUGAUGCCACCGUGGGUUUAGUAAGGGGUGGAAGAAUUUUGAAAUCUUUCCAUGUUCAAAUUACAUCAUGCAAGGCCAUAACUAGGAUGAUACAGGAUGAUGAGGACAUGGUGAAAACCAACAAGCUUCAUGCGUCAUUGGCAGCCUAUGCUGAUGUAAACCGUCGCUAUCUGACAGAUGGAGUCUGGAUGGUGUCAAUGGAUGACGUGCCUCCCUUUCGGGAGACUGAGCGUCAUGUGGGGAUCUCAGCAGUGGAGCGGUAUCCCCAUGGUCUGAGGUAUCUUCUGGCAGUCACUAAAUCAAUUAGCAUGUCAGAUGAUACUCACGUCUCCUGCCUCAAUGAUCUGAGUCGUUUGGAUAUCCUGGAGGAAUGCAAGCUCCAGCGGUGCCAUCGCAUGGUGCUUGUCUUUAAUGAUGUGUAUCCAGAUUACCUGGGGCCGAGUUUGAAGAAUGCACAUGUCUGUCAUCUCAAAAGUCUAACACAUUUCUACAAAGAGCGGGAUUAUGAUAUUGAUUUCCGGGGACUGAAGCACCUCCGGCUGGAGCAUUGCCCGAGGUUGGAAGGCGUCAUGCCACGUGGAUCUGCGCUGCCAAGUCUCGUCACGCUCGACAUCCUCUUCUGCUACAAUCUCAAGGCAAUUUUCUACUACAAUAGCGAGUCGUCUUCUAGUUUCGAGCUCCCAUGUCUUCGGAGGAUACACCUCCAGGAGCUGCCCCUGCUGGAGCAUCUUCGCGACGACGACGCCGUCCUGGCCGCGCCUGCGUGGGAGGAGCUCCACGUCCGCGGGUGCUGGAGCUUGCGCCGCCUGCCGCGCCUCAUCGACCGACGACCAGGCAAGAAGGCCGUGACGGUGAGCGGGGAGCGGGCCUGGUGGACCAAGCUCCGCUGGGACGGCCGGGACGACUCGCACUGCGAGAGCUAUGAGCCCAGGCUUCCCCCGGCAUCCGCCUCCAUCCGCGAGCGCGUCAUCAUCAAGACCUACCUCAGGUGA